GGGGUGGGGCCGCGGGGCCCCCUCAGGGGGCGGAGGCGCCGCCAUGUCGGUGGUGUUCGUGCCCGAGCGGGCGCGGGGCAAGGCACAGGUGAACCAGGACACCCUGCAGCGGCUGCUGGAGGAGAACGACCAGCUGAUCCGGUGCAUCGUGGAGUACCAGAGCAAGGGCCGCGCCACCGACUGCGUGCAGUACCAGCAUAUCCUGCACAGAAACCUCAUUUAUUUAGCCACCAUUGCGGAUGCCACACCGCCCGGCACGCAGAAGGCUGCAGACUGACUGACACCUGCACACGAGCUGUGCUGCUUUCAGACUGCAGAAAUACUUUAGUUUAGAGUCCCACUGUGUGAUCCUGAAAGGCAGGUAAAAAGUGAUCUGUACUUGUGUGUUUAAAAUGUGACUGUAGUUUUCUAUGUAGUACUAGGCUAGCUCUUCCUCUGUUACUGUAAUCAACACAGCUUACGGGUGAUUGAUUGAUAAUUAUCACCGUGCCUGUUUCCCUCUGGAAAACUCAGUGCAGUGUACUCUGAGCACAGCCAGACAGCAGUGCUGGAAGCAGGUUCUGCAGCAGCAGGAUCAGCACUUCACCAGGUCCCUGCUACCUCCAGCAUGACAGGCAGGCAUGUGUUGCCAUCAAUAAGAGCCAUUUGUGUCCUGUAUCAGAAGAACUGUGCUGAAUAAAGAUGUUCUUUGUAAA